AUGGCCAAUCUCUACUUGAUGCAGGCCUUGUACGCCCCGAAGCUGCCUCCGCCCACGCCUAGUCCUGGUGUUUCCGCGCUCGACGACGACGGCGUGCAGGGACGACAAAGGCAGUCUGUCAUGCCCGAGCGCCUCAGCAUGAUGGAAGUCGAAGAACCACCUGAACCCGAAUCAGAGGCCGCUGCGCGCUGGAAACCGACUGGUGCCAAUGUUCAGCCAGUCGGCAUCAAGAGCGAGUUUCCAAGCUCCGACGCUGCGGACAGAUUUUUGGAAUCGCUCCCGUCUUUUCCUGGCAACAUUGCUGUUACGCCUUCUCCGCCCUCAUCGAUGACGCUUCCUGCUGGCCUUACGUACCCAAUCGAGCGAUACCUACCACCUGCGGGACCAUAUUACGACCAGAACGCUCUCCUUCCCGUCUUUGGACCGCAGGAGAUUCCAUGCGGUCCAGAAACCGUUCGAGAUCGACAAAUCCGUCCCGACAAGCAAGAGCUCGCUGUCCUCUCUCGUAUCGGUGUCAUGUAUAAUGCACGCGGUCCAAACAACACUGUUCUUGUAAACCCAAUGCAUCCGAUCGUUCAGGACUUCUACAAAGACAAGCCAAGGUCGAAGGCAUUGAUGCGGAAGAUAUUCGAGGCGGACCCAAGGCAUCGCUCGACGUCCAUUCCAUCGCGCAGUGGGCCAACGCUUGUGGCAAAUGCCCCUGCACAGCAACCGCUUCCGCCGCUGAUGAGCCCAUACACCAUACCGAUAAGAUCCGUGGACAACAGCCUCGACCCGCGUCUCCAGGGUCGCACCUCCUGUGGCGCGCCCGGCCAACUGGUGCUUCCGCAGCCCGAUAACGCCAGCAACAGCAGCGAAACCCCGACUGAUCCAGAAGACAUCGAAAAGAAGCUUCAGGACCAGGAGGUCGAGAAUCUGAACUUGAGAAUGCAGGCAGUUGUGAAGGAUCGUGAGAUUCGGAAGCUGAGGGCGGAGCUCGAGCAGCUGCGCGCUCAAGCUGCCAACACUGGUGGCGCAUACUAG